CACAACAUUGUCAUUAGACCCAUAUUAUUUUGUUAUUGAUUCAGUGAUUUUACAAUAUCGGAAUACCACUUGAACCCAACAUUAUUAAUUUUUCUGUGUACCUGAUUUGAUGAAUUGCGUAUAACAUGAAACACAUUCUAGGCAACGUUUAAAAGAAAGAAAAACCAUGUCUUAUAAUUUGAUUUUGUUAAGAAAGACAAACUCUGAACACGACAAAUGGAGGCUACUAGUGAUGACUAUUACCUUAAUAUUUUUUCUUGCAUCUUUUAUUUUUGUCGUGCUUGACAGUAUAGUUGGUAUCUUUGAUUUGGACAGUAAAUAUCCCAAUUGUUCUGCAAAUGCACCACAGACUCAUGACCAGAAGUUUCUACUUCAACCAAAUAUUGGAAAUUUUUUAGCGCCGAACUCAUGCAAUAUUUUAAAAAAUCAUCAGUGCGAAAUAACUUGUGAAGGCAGUGUAAUUGUAGACAGCGAUAUUAUUGAAAAAUCACAUUAUAAUACGUGUGAAGACGCAGACAUUUUACUGACUCUCAAUAACGUCAAUUUUAAAGACAGAACUAUCCAAGAAGGUUGGUUAAAAAAAUUCCCAAAAAUGAUUAUCACUCUUCAAAUCGAAUUCAAAGAAUUGACAUUUUUGGAGAAGCGUAGUUUCGCAGGAGGUCCGUUUAUCAAGUUGAAAAGUUUAACGUUAAUAAAUACUAACACUUGGUAUAUAAAAAAAGACAUUUUCGAAGGUAGUACCCUAUUAAAUUUACAAUUUCGUUGCACCGAAAUGGAAGAAAUCAAUUUUGAAGAUGGCGCUUUAAAGUACAUAGCAAAUAGUUUGGAAUCACUACAGUUAAAUACUUGUAAACUUCAUCCACAGGCAUUAAAAAAUUUGACUGGAUCCAUACCAUUAACUAGUCUUGCUACUUUAGAUUUAAGAUUCAAUUAUAUUGAAUAUAUCAUUAACCAAUCAUUUAUUGGUCCAACUUCUUUGCUACAGUUAUAUUUGAGUACCUGUGGAAUUCAGAAAAUGGAUAAAAAUGCGCUCUUAGGUGUAGGUCAUUCAGUACAACUGCUGAAUAUUAAUAACAACAGUUUACGUACCUUACCUGAUGGCAUUUUUAGGGAAUUUCGGAGCAGAGGAACUAUCCAAAUUGAUUCCAAUCAUUGGAACUGCAACUGUGAUCUCGAAUGGCUAAAAACGUUCUAUAUCAACAAUAGUCAUAAUUAUUUUAAAGAUGGUAACGAACUUUUCCAAUGCGAUACGGAUAACGGAAUCAAAAAUUAUUUAGAAGUCGAUUUUUGUCCACCAUCCACAACGGUUGAUACAACGACAGUAAGUUUUUCCCCAACUACAACAACAAAAAGUUCUACAAAGGAUGCCACAACUACAAAUGGUACUACAACUUCAAUGCGUCCCACAACUACAACGAGUGUAACAACUACAAAACGAACAACUACAAUUGAUUCCACCAUUUCAGUUCCGACCGUUGGACCUACUGCAAGCAUACUUACCAGUACUUCCUCACCUGAAGAUUUCAUUUCUUUUGUAUGCAAAGAUUGCAUGAGAGCUUCACCUUUUAACUUGCACCUUAGUAGAGAUUACAGCCACUCGGUGGCUGUGAGAAACGGUUCUAUCAUUUACGAUUUUUAUCAGAUACAAGGAACGCCUUACUACGACAUUAACUUGAGAAAUUCGAUUUAUAAUGAUUAUAUGAUUUGGUUCAAUGUCGAUAAUCAUGAUGAAAUGGGUUGCCUAUAUAAUGUCAACGAAAAAGUUACUUUGGAAAGUUUGAAUUACGCGCGAAAAUAUCUAAUAUGUUUGCUCAAAAGUGACAACGAUGUGGUUUCUCCUUUUGAUUGUACCUCUUUGCUCGUUCCUCCUACUUGGGAGAAUACACCUUGGAUUUUCAAUAAAGAUAAAGUACUGCUGCUGGUACUGCUUAUUAUAAUAAUAUUAAUAGCGGUAUUAGUUAGUGCAGGAACGAUUUAUUUUAUGAUAAGGAAUAAUCCAAAACUAAUAAAAGCCACAAAAAAAGUAAAUACUGAUAAAACCAACACGUUUGAUAAGGACUAUCAAUACGUAAAUCCACUAUCUUUUUAUUCCACCAGUGACGGAUAUCUAACUCCGAAAAUGAACAAAAGGAUAACAUCCAUGAACUCAAUGCGACGUCUAAGUAGAAAGCUUAGUACCAUUUCGGAAAGAGAUUUUGAAGGACCUUUCAGCGUUAUAUACAACGUUUCAAAAAUUAACGAACAGCUUUACGAACCUCCCCCUUUGCCUCCCAAUCAUCCAUCUAAAUGGAGAAAAAUCGAAAUGGAAGAUGAACAUCUCUCUUCCGCGCCGGAAGAGAGUUUAUGUGACAGUAUUAAACUGGAAAAAAAUUAUAUUACAAACUCGGUGCAAGAAAAUGUUGCGAAUUCGAAGAACAGUUUAAAAGAAGGGCAGUAUCUUGAUUGUUUUUAAAUUUAAUCCGAAUAAUAGCUGGUUAGAACCUGAUAGGGAAGAGCAAAAUAUACCUCUAUGCGCUAAACAUACUUAAGUAUUUUUACGAUAAGAAGGCAGUGAGUCACAUGAUAAAAAGCCUACGGCAUUGGAAGGUAGAAUUUUUUUCCUUCACUUAAAGUUAACAUUGUGCCAGUGUUCUUUCUUUUUCCUAGCUUUAAUAUAAGUGCAUCUAUUGUGCUAUCAACUUUAAAGUGUUAAUUAAUUAAGUUAUAACUUUAUUGAAAAUUGGAAUGGAUAUAAAAGAACUGCUAGUCUAUAGAACAAUAAAAUCUUGACUAUAAAGCAUUUUUAAUACUAAGAAAAGUGUUUUAAGAUUCAAAUAAAAAUCUGAUGUGUCCAACACAUGACUUUCCUGUGUAGUUAUUACAGACUUUUCCCGAUUAUUUUGUACAACCUAUUGUAUCAC